AUGUUUUUUGUAAUUUUAUUUCCCGGUCAGUUUUUUUCUAAUUUCAAAACUGUCACUGCAGAAAACAAUAUUGGAGCAACUCCAGCAACCUCAAUUUCCUCCCCUUCAACUUUGGAAAAAUCUAAAAAUGUACCAACAUCGAGAAGUCGAUUUGAUAGUGGAAAUUCUGAUGCUUCUUGUGCUACUGAUUUAAAUCUCAGCGAUGAAGAAUUUGUUGCUACUACAGCAGAACAUUUAAUAUCCGCGGCUUCUAAAAAAUACAAACGUUCGUUGAGGUUGUCUAGUGAUCAAUUGAAACUGUUAAAUUUGGAGUAUGGUUCAAAUGAUGCUAGAUUUAGUAUAACAACUAAAUUCCAGGGAACUGCUUGGUGUAGUUGUCACAUUUAUUUACUUCGUUGGUGUGAUAAAUUGGUAAUUUCUGAUAUUGAUGGAACAAUAACCAAAAGUGACGUUCUCGGCCAUGUAAUACCUGCAAUUGGGGGAACUUGGGCACAUUCUGGUGUUGCGGAACUUUAUACAAGAAUUAAAAACAAUGGGUUAGUAGUCUUUUUUGUGAACCUUAUUGUUUUUAAAAUUUUUUUUUGGAAAAUUUUUUUAGAAAAAAUUUUUUUGUUAUUUUUUUCAAAAUUUUUUUAUGUUUUCUGGAAAAAAUUAUUUAAUUUUUUUGACUAAAAUUUCCUGUGGAAUCAAAAAAAA